AUGAAGGAUGAGGAACACAUCGCUCUAGAGUGGAUUGGCACACGAGACGUCUACAAUGCAAUCCGUCUUGAAACCAUCAUCCAUGUAUAUUCUUACAAGGUGACCCAUCGCACUCUUGGGAAAGACAAAGCUCCCAUUUGCAUUGAGCUGAAUAAGUCUCCAUUGGACCCAGCUUUCGAAGAAGAAAUGAAAGAGUUUCGAUAUGCUCUCCUCCUGUCUAAAGUCAAGACAGAAUUAGAACGAACUCAUCAGAAUGAUCCGGCUUGUAAUGUUAGCGGAUCCAAGGAUGACGAAGGGAAGGAAAUUGAUGAUGAGGACGAAAGGACUUCUGCAGAACACGAAAGCAGUGAGGCGGACUUUGACGCAAAUGGGUCUCCGAAUAAUAAUGGAAAUGAUGAUGAAACCGAUACCAAUGGCAAUGCUGAAGGCAAAGAUAAUGAAGAAGAGACUGAGAAUGAAGAUGAUGAUGAAGAAGAUGAUGAGAAGAACGAUGAUGAGAAGGAGAAUGAUGAUGAUGAUGAUGAAGGUGAUGAGCAGACAGAUGAUGAGAAGAAGAAUGAUGAUGAUGAUUCAGGAGAUGAUGACGACGAUGACAACGAUUCGGGCUAUAAAAGUGAAUCUCUUGUCAUAGGCAACACCGAAUUCAUACCUGAACAAUCCCCCGCACCUCGCUCAUCUCCACCAAAGGAAAAUCCUCCUUGUGAUCCAUCUCUCGCCAUGCCACCACCUAAACACAAUAAAGCUGUUGCAAAUCCAGCUUGUGAUGACGAAAUGGAAGCAUCACCUGGUGAUGACAAACUGGAAGCAUCACCUCGUGCACAACCCCUCAAGGAGAGAGUUGAUCUUGCAUGUACAAAGAUCGACUUAGGACAUGACAAUAUGUACCAGAUGGGAGAAUAUCAGCUCACAAUGCUCGAAUAUGUCAAAGAUGUCCUUAAUGCCGUUAACAUGUUGUCAAGAUUCUCUGCCUCCCCAUGUGCUCAUGCCAAAAAGGGGGAAAAGAAAAGAAAUGGUGAAGAUGAAGACGAAAACAGGAAUCGUUCACCAUCUCGUCCAGAUGAAUCCAGGAGAAAUGAAAGAAGAACAACAAGACAUGAAGUUGGAAGAAAUUCACCAAGAAACACGAGAUCAACUCCACCAGCUUCUAGGUCUCGUCAACAGCACUCUUCAAGAUCCAAACAACAUUCCAUCAGACCUCGCCAAUCCUUCGGAUCCAAUUCCGAAUUCUCUUUUCAUGGAAAAACGAACAGAGAAAAGAAGAACUUCCGUCAAAAGCUUAUGCGAAAAGAGAGUGUAACCAUGGACGCUAUAGGAAAUUUCCAUACUUAUCAACCAUAUGAAGAAGGAAGUGGAAAACGCUUCGAAGGUUACAACAUACCGGUUAUGAUGAAAAACAAGGACAACUAUUCCAGGCAAGUCUAUCAGAGCCAAAGAAAUGAUGAGAUCAAAAAAGCAAACGAGAGCUUUGGAAUAAACAAGAAGAGGCGAGACUUGCAAGAGAAAAAGAGCUGA